GGAAGUUUCCGCCAGGAGCUACAUUUGUUGUGCAGAAAACUACAGUUAACUGACGCUUUAUGAACAUAUUCUAGUUUUAACACAUGCAAACAACAUAAAGUACAUAUAUUUAGCAGCUGGUGAAGCAGUCAGGUGUCAUGAUGACCACCCUCGUCCAUGACACCACUGAGGCGGUGUGUCUGUGUCUGGAGUACAACCUUUUCCUGAAGCCCAUCGCCAAGAUGACGUUGAGUGUGGCACUGCCCCAGCUGAAGCUGCCUGGGAAGAGCAUCUCUAACUGGGAGGUGAUGGAGAGGGUGAAGGCCAUGGUGGCUCCUGAACAGUUCUCUGCCCUCAGGAUCUCUAAGAGCACCAUGGACUUUAUCCGCUUCGAGGGCGAGGUGGAGAACAGAGGGGUGGUGAAGAUCCUGCUGGCCAAACUGGAUGGCAAGAGCAUCAAACUCAGCGGCUUCACUGACAUACUCAAGGUGCGUGCGGUGGAGAAUAAGAUGGACUUCCCGACACGUUAUGACUGGGACUCGUUCUUCCGUGAUGCCAAGGACAUGAACGAUACGGUUCCAGGGGAGAGGCCAGACACCAUCCACUUGGAGGGCCUGCCCUGCCGCUGGUUUACCCUGCCUGACGGUCCCCCUGACCGGCCCUCCGAGACUGCCCUGCAGACCGUCUUCCAGGGCUUUGGUCAGGUGCGUCAUGUAGACAUCCCCAUGCUGGACCCGUACAGAGAGGAGACUCUUGAUAAGAACUUCAACACCUUCACCUUCGGCGGCCAUCUUAACUUUGAGGCGUACGUCCAAUACCAAGAGUACGAUGGCUUCGCCAAAGCCAUGGACACACUGAGAGGCAUGAAGCUCAUGUACAAAGGAGAGGAUGGCAAGGCUGUGGCCUGCAACAUCAAGGUGACCUUUGACACCAGUAAGCACCUGAGUGACGUGACUCUAAAGAGACGGCAGCAGGAACGACUGAGAAUACUGGAGUUGGAGAGACAGAGGGAGGAGCUGAAACGCAAGGAGAAGGAGGAAGAGGAGAGAUGCAAGGAGGAGGAGAGGAAACAGAAGGAGGCGGAGGAGGAGGAAAAGGAGCGGAGGAGGGAGGAGAGGAUACGGAAACGAGAGCAGAAGCUGAGAGAGAGGGAGGAGAGGAGGAACCUAAAGAAGGUGAAGAGGAGGCAGGAGGAGGAGCAGAAGAAGUUGCAGAUGAAGAUCGCGACGGAGGAGAGAAGGCUGUUGUUGGCUCAGAGGAACCUGGAGUCUAUACGCCUUAUCGCUGAACUACUGGGCAGGGCCAAGGCUCUGAAACAGCAACAGCAGGAGAAAGAGAGAGUGGAGAGAGAGGAGCUAGAGAAAGAGGAGUUAGCCAGGCAGAAGGAGGAGUUAGCCCGGCUGGAGCAGCUGGAGGCCUCCAGGCGGGAGCAGGAGGUGGAGCUGAGACGUGUGGAGUUAGAGAAAGGGCGUGCCUUGGAUCUGCAGCGCAGGGAGAAAGAGCUGAGGGAGAGACUGGUUGGUAACCUGCUGAAGAAGGCUGGAGGAGAGGGAGAAAACCAGACCUCCACCAUCCAGCCGUCAGCCCUGACCAUGCCCAGGGGAGACAGCUCCGACCUGGGUAAGACAGGCAGGGCCCUGGGGGUGAACGGGGUGAGACCGAGGGGAGAGGAGAGACCCAGAGCUACGGUACGCUCACACGUCACUGAGAAACAGAUAGGAGAGAGGGAGGAGAGGCGAGGAGGAUGGGAGGAGAGGAGAGGUUAUGAAUGGAGAAGAAGGGAGGCGAGGGAGAAACCUAGGGAGAGGAGUCGGUCCCAUAGCCAGGGUAGGAGGAGGUACAGCCACAGCCGGAGACGAAGAAGCUCUACCAGAAAGAGGAGUGAUAGUCAAAGGAGGAGGAGAAGCGAUAGCAGACAGGGGAGAAGUCGUAGUUCUAAGAGGAGAAGCGAUAGCAGACGGAGAAGAAGUUGUAGUUCUAAGAGGAGGAGAAGCGAUAGCAGGAGGAGGAGUGGUAGUCGUAGCCACAGGAGAGACAGUCACCAUGGACGGGGCCGCAGCAGCAGGAGCUCCAGCCAUGAUUGGAGCAGAAGCUCUAGUGGGAGGAGCCACAGCAGAGGGAGGAGGAGCCAUAGACAUAGUGGAGAUAAAGACAGCAGGAGCAGAUCUAGGAGUAGAGGGAGGAGCAGGGAGAAGGACAGGAGUACAGAGAAAGACAGGAGUAGAGACAGGAGUAGGGAUAGAGACAGGGACUCCAGGAAGUGUAGUAGGAGUCGUUCUCAUUCCAGACGACACUAAACUGUGAACACAGCCAGAGGAGACAGAAGAGGACCCUAUGCCUGGUCCUAGUUUAAGUGAUGCAUGGUCAGGGGUUCUAGUAUGCUGCUGUCUACUGUCUCUGGGCCAUAUCAGCUUCUUAUACACACACACCUCUUUCUCUCUCUCCCUCCCCCAAUGCUCUUUGUUCAUCUCUAGUCUGUUUAUUUACUGACUUUAAGGUUAAAGAAUGCUAUACUGCUAUUAUGUUCUGUUUGACACAUGUAGUGUAGAUUCCAUAUGUACUGUAGAUUGAUCACGCUGUUAGUAUGCGUCUCCUGUGUAGAAAGACGUACAGAGGAAGGACACAGAAAAAAUACUUGGUCUUUUAAGGGUCACAGUGAAUGGCCUGGUUUGUGUUUCAGAAGAACAGUGUUAGUUGGUUUCUGGGAAUUGUAGUUCAGUAUUAGAGUGCUUCAGCAGGAUGCAGGGAUCUGUAGUCCUAUGGGUAAAUGCCACACAGCCUAGUGCAGUAGGUAGACAGCUGUAGUUUAAGUCAAGUUUUUUACCCCAGGAUAAAGUGGGGGAGUGGGGGGGUUAUUGAACAACUAACUGACCGGCAUUCGUUCAAUUACUUGAAUUCCAUUUAGUUUUUCUAGAGAGAAAUGUAAUCAUUCACGAGAGAAAUCGAAGCCAAAGAUGACCAUGAAAUUGACCUGAUGUCAUGUUUCUGAGUUCCACGUCUGACCACCAGAUGAGACCGUAGUUUUAGUUCUAACUUGGUUAAAUGAUAAUGUCACUAUAACAUAAAGGGGUUCUGUAUGAUUUAAAGAUCAGUGUCAGCAGUGUUCUGGUGAGAGAGAGAUAUAGUUGACUCAGUGUUUAACAGCACCCACCCCAGAUGGAAGCCUAGUUUCACCAUGUUAAUUAUUUUAAUGGUGUCCCUGCUAAAGUUCUGUGGAUAAGAACAUUUUAAGUUGCCUUAUUGAUGAGUGAACAGAGCAGAGUGGUGUGAGUGGGUAACAUUGUAUAUAGGUUGUAUAAAGGUCAGCGUGUCAGGAGGCUCAUCAGUCUGUACUCUAUAUUCUCAUGUUUCUCUGCUCUGAUGGGCAGCAGCAUGUCCUCAACACACUUGUCAAUUUAUUUGUUGUAAUAAAGAAACUACAAAAAAGUGA